AUAAUCUUUGCUUAAAAGUUUGAUAUUUAAGCCCCUGAUAAUUCUUGUUUCUCGCAAUACGUCACUCAACUUUAUAAAUUAUCAUCUUAACCCUUAAAUCCCCAUUUUUUAAUCCUUUUUUUCCUCUCGGUCGUCUUCUUCUUUUUUUUGUUUUCCGUGGAGCUGAGGAAGUGACGAGAAGAAGGGGCUUUUCUCGAUCUGAUAAGGUUUUUCAAGGAGAAUCAAUGGCGGGAGUUGGAACAUCCAUGCUUGUCUCUGUUCUUCUGUUCACAGUGGUGCUCUCGCUCCAACAAGUGUACCGAGGCAAACUAGCGUCUUCUGAGCUGUUCACGAUCCUUGGAGGCUUCACUAGCUCCCUCCUCUUUCUCUUCUCUCUCACUUUCAUAGGAAAUCUCCAGGAGUCUUCUGGUGGGAAGAGUAGCUGGGGUGCAGUGAUUAUUGCGGAAAUCAUAGCUCUUGUUGCUGCUAGCACGGUGCAUCGAGUUUGUAUUACAACCUGUUUCUUGUUCUCCGCUGGGCUGUUAUACGAGAUGAACAAGAUCUCAGGAUACAUGCUCUCCAAAGCUGAGUCCAAAUCUAAAAGGCACUGAAUCAGGGGGUGGGGUUACUAAGUACAUGAUGUUCUCCAAGUUUUUCUAUCUUGUUUAGCACUAAAAGACUCAAAACUUCCAACUUCGUGAACUAUGAUAUUUAGCAUUUUCCUCAACUUAUGCUUGACAUGAUCGGUUUUGUA